AACUAAGACAGGGCAACAUUAUCAGAGAGUUGUAACAAACUUGUCACUCUACACCGCUUAUUUUGACGUUCCUGAUACUCUGCCCGCGGUGUUUUGGGGGUAACAAUAGCCCAAGCGAUUGGCUUUCGCUCUCCUGAGUUUACCAAUCUCUUCGCGCGUUGGGUUUCUGUCUGCGAGCCGGAGUGGUGUGCUAAACUUUCGCCCAGUAACCUUUCACCCGCACGGAGGAAAAUUUGCAUAUGCAUGAGAGCGCCGUCCUCACGAACCAACGUUCGUGUCGUCUGCUUGUAAAUGGCCUUUCUGUGCUUGUGGUUGGCGGGUAGCAGAGGGACUAUCGACCAGUCAGAACACCCUUAGGAAACUUUAUCAGCAUUCGGUAUGCCAUUGCCCUUACCUAUUGUGAAACGAUCACCUCCACGAGCUUCAGUAUUGUGUAGGACAGACUGAUUGAAAGGCCGAGUCGCGUACAAGACUACAUGCUGGGAUUUAAACAAAAAAGUCUUUGUGCAUAUAUUUAUUUAUUUACCUCGUGUACAUAGUAAUACACAGCCGAGAGAAGUGAAUGGCAAGGAACCACAUACAUGUUAAAAAGUGUGCACACCAACAGAGUUUCUUCAUAUUUGAUUUAGGAAUCAACGCGACAACACCUUGUGAAUAUAUCCGGGACGAGGUGCAGGUGAAGGUAGACAUAGCCCGAAGAGCCCCGGGGAAAGUUGUUGACCGAACCUUCAAGACGCCAUAUCCAUCCACUGCUGGGAAAGCGUUUAAACUUGACGCCUCUGAAGGAAAUUCGGCCUACCAAAGAAAGGAAAUCACCACAUGCAUCGUUUCGAUCAAGAAAACGACACCAUAAGUCAUUCCAAUUAAAAUAACAGGUGAUUCACCUUGAAGCAGAGCUCGAUCUCUUUAUCAAGAUGGAUGGCUUUGCCGAUCUGAUGAUCAACGAGACCAAUGCGACUUCCGGUCCAGUCGUUCCGGCAUGUUGGCCUGUUCUCAUCGACCCUACUACUACGGAACUUCUUGAUGCGCUGGGCGGCAACUCCAAAUUCCUCGGCGUCAUGGGCACAGCCAUUGCCCUGACAGUCUUCAAUGUAGGCAUGUACAUGGAGACUCUAUGGUUCCUCUGCAGAAAGAUCCCAAGCAGAAGGAAAAUACAACUCUCAUUCAUCAUGGGUAUAUAUCCAGUUUUCUCCGUCACUUCUCUGCUAGCUAUGUUCAUACCAAGAGCUUCGAUUAUCACAGGGUUUACUGCUCAUGUAUACUUUUCCAUGGCCCUUGUUCAGUUUAUUAUGUUGUUGACUGGUUACUAUGGUGAUAAAGCGAAAAUGUUAAGGAUAUUGGAUGGAAAUAUCAUUCCACUGGCCACGCCACCUCUGUCGUUGUUCUGUAUUUGCUGCCUGCCAAAGAUUCCAAUCAAUAAGGUUACCCUUCCAAAGUUCGUGAAGUUGAUUCGUGGUCUGGUGCUACAGGUAGCCGUCAUCAAACCUCUGUUCUACUUCCUGGGUGCUGUACUAUGGCUCAACGGAUCCUUCAUUCCUGGAGAUUUUUCAAGUACUGGCACAUACCUGUGGUUCAACGUCAUCUAUAUCGUUUCAACGCUGUUCGCCCUCAACGGCAUCAUCAUCUUUUACAAGUUAUCGAGGGAACCGCUCAAGGAGUACCAUCUCACUCCAAAGUUCUUCACCGUCCAACUCACCCUCAUCCUCACCAACGUCCAAUCUUUCACCAUCGGCCUCUGCGCCAUCGCAGGGAACAUCGCCUGUAAGCCACCCUUCCACCCCGGCCUGAGGGCGCUGUAUAUCGACAGUCUACUCAACAUCGUCGAGAUGUUUCUCUUCAACAUAUUUGCCACGGUCUGGUACAGGAGACUGAAAGGCAACAUAGGACAGGAACAACUUCUUGAGAGGCGAGAGUACGCCAGACUGAGCCAGAACUCGUACCGCCGAGACCCGGCCCAACAGAUCGCACUCGGCGACGAAAACGACAACAAAACCGACCUCGCGCUUUACAAACCUACGUACCCAGACGCCACCGGCAUUGUCACCAGACAAAAUGGCGGAUCCUCUGUGCAUGCGCAAGGAGUCGGAGAUACGCCGUGGCAGCAGUUUGGGGAUGCACCCGCGGAGAGUGAGCUGAAGCAACCCUUUCUUCAUGUUGCUGCUGAUAGCCAACCGAACGGGAGUGUUGCAUGUAGAGUGACCGACGAGACGUUGAACCAUCAUCAGUCACCGCCGCACAAGAACACUGUUGACGAUACCGUCGAACGAGGCUCCAUCAAGUCAGGGUCGAUUCCUUGGAGUGGUUCCGGGUCAGACAGGGAGACGGACGUCUAAGUUCAAAGGUUACCCAAAGACUGAGGACUCUAUUAAAAGUAUUUUCGUGUAUGACCAAAGAGUAUCUCUUUGGUAUGACACAGUGGUUGCAGAAUAUAAUCGCUAGCCAUAUCAGCAUUAUAAUUAUGCCGCUCAAGUUCGUGGUGCUCGCGAAUCAUGACAUUAAAUAUAUGUAAAGUAUGAUAUCUGAUUAUGCAAACUUCUGUCAAAUCUCAUUAUCAAUAUUUUUGAAAAAAUGUUUAGAAUUCCAUGACUCUUUUUGACACAGAAUUUACUCUAUUUGUGUCUUAUUUAUCUUAUGGCCAAAAUAAUAUGAAGUUCCCGUCAUGACGAUGAUAAUGGCUUAAAUUGGCAAAUGGUUGUAUAUUUGUAAUAACAUUCACUUUAUUUUAUGCUAUCUAUACCAAAGAUCACUUACGUAAGCUAUCAAGUAUUGUCAUCAAAUUUUGUAGUUUCUAAAAAAUGUCUUUCUUGAUUGAAACCAAUUAUUGCCAAUGCAAGAACAAAAUCUACCAUGAUAAAUGUUUUGAGUUGUACGCUACCCAUUUGCGAUUCUCAUCUUCAGUUCUACAUAAAGUGCGAUUGACUCUGUCACGAUUAUGACCAGAACGUGAGCGAAACAGAGCUACGAAUAAAACAUAACCAAUGUUUGCCUUUGAAACAUUAAACUCGAAAGGAUCAAUUUGAGGAGAAUCAAAUUUUGUUGUACUUUCACAUUCCUCAUUAUUACUAUUAUUACUAUUAUGUUUAUAUUAUAUAAAGAUAUUAAUAUUCAUAUCUUAUCUAACACUUUCAUGUUCUAGAAAGAGGGUGACUUGUGUUUACUUUUUAAAGAGGCCCGGCCCUUGUAAACGGCUGUUAUGCAGUAGAAUAUUUAUUUUAGAAUCUCAUGUAAUACGACAUUUUAUUAUUACAUUUAUCAUCACGCAUCCGUUUUAAAUCGGCAUUGAUUGCAAGAUUUGUAACAAGAGGCUUUUAGUUCAACAAUGACAAAUUACAGAAUACUCCACGGAUUAACUUCGAAUAGCCGACAAGUGCAAAUACGAUUGUAUUUUUUCAAAUCAUUUUUUUUUGUCAAAAAAGCGCAUUUUAAAAUUUGUUGACAUGUAUUAUGCAGCAAGUCUAUUCAGAUUGCUAUAAUAGUAAUACGCUCUAACACUACGCGAAUUGCUUGGAGAAAGAGCAAACCAUGAUCCGUGUUUAAAUCUUUAAAACGACGAUUUGUAUGUGAAUUAAGACCUUGUUUGAUUAUUUCUCCUUUUCCGCGCGUUUUAUAUGCACGAAAAACAAGCUUCUCUCUUCAGUAAUAUUAUCACAUUGAGGGGGAAAAGGUAACUAAAUAUCCUCACAGAGGGGUGAAUAUUCGAAAGCUGAGUAUCUUGUCAAAGAAUGUCAUGCACUUGUGUUGGAUACACCUGGAUAUCUUACGUAACAUAAUCACUCACUGAAGUGCCUUAUAUAUAAACUAAUGAUGUCUUUUUACCCGUCGCAAUUAUAAUAUCGCCAUUUUGUACGUCUGGCAAACAAAAUUAAUGCACUCAGUGGAUUUUAUAUCGAGACAUUUUAUGUGCUUUAUCAUAUUUUGUGUUAGUCCUUCGUUUACGACAUGAUGAAUGAUGAAUGAUGGUGAGUGUCAAAAUAAUGGCAGUAAUAUUCUUUUGAGCUUCGGGGUUUCGAUAACUUAUACAUUUUUUUGUCAAUGUUUCUAAAAAGAUACGUUUUAUAUUUUAGCUUGUCAUCAUUUUUAUGAUUAUAAUUCCAUUCAGAAUAAACCAAAUAAAUGUUA